AUGCAGAUUUUCAUCAAUGCCUUAGAUGGCGGAAUUCAUCGCCUCGAAGUAGCACCGGAAACUACCGUUGCACAGAUUAAGAAGGACCUUGGAGCUAAUGAGCAUAUUCUCUCCUAUGGAAGCUCCAUUCUGGAAGACUCAUUGAGCCUUUCGAGUCUCGACAUUUCUGAUGGAGCCUCGCUUGCCAUAAAUGCCAGACUUCUCGGAGGACGUGCGGCGCGACGAAUCCAGUACACGAGAAGAUUUGUCAAUGUUGCUACUGGACCCGGAAAGAAGCGCGGACCCAACUCGAACGCUGCUUAA